AUGCGUUCACUAGCCAAAUGCUUUCGCUUGUCGAAAGCCAAACAGACGCCCGGGUUUGCCGAGCACGCUGUUCUGGCUUCGGAAACAAAUUUUAACAUAAAUGAAGUAGAGGCUUUAUACAUCUUGUUUGAGCAGCUAAGCAGUUCCAUAGUUGACGAUGGUCAAACAAUUCAUAAGGAGGAAUUCUUGCUUGCACUUUUCAAUUGCAGCAGCAAGAAGAAUAUCCUAGCUGAACGGUUGUUUGAGCUGUUUGAUAUUAAGAGAAAUGGGGUGAUUGGAUUCGGCGAAUUCGUUCGGUCGUUGAAUGUUUUUCAUCCCGAUAUGCCACAGGCAGAUAAAAUAGAAUUUGCAUUCAGAAUGUAUGACCUCAGGCGCACUGGCUACAUAGAACGAGAAGAGCUGAAGGAAAUGUUAAUGGCUACUCUGAGUGAAUCAGAACUGUCAAUUUCAGAUGAAGAUAUUGAAGCUAUAGUUAACAAGACACUUGAAGAAGCAGACUUAAAUGGAGAUGGGAAAAUAGAUUUGGAUGAGUGGAAAGAGUUGGUUGCAAAGUAUCCUUCUCUAAUAAAGAACAUGACUCUGCCUUAUCUAAGGGAGAUUACUCUAGCAUUUCCAAGCUUUGUAAUGGAAACUGAAGUUCCAGAUUCGGAGUUGGUCUGUUGA